AUGCAAAAGAAAUUCGCCUUAUUAAUUUGCACCUCCCUAUUCGGAUGGGCACUGUCCUAUAGUGAUUAUACAUAUCAUCUUUUGGGAGAUAUUGGAAAUCCACUGAACGAAUUAAUGGAAUAUGGUCGGGUCGCAUUAGCCCUUCAAGUGAACAUUCCCAAAACCCUUCACGAUCGUCAGUAUUACUUCUUCAUUGUCUUUACCUGGUUUAUGCUCUAUCAAAGGCACUUCAACGAAGAUAUGAUGAAAAUAUUUGAAAUUUGUCGUAAAAUGAAUGUAAAGAAUGUAGUGAUCAUGACCAGACCUGUGCAGGAGAAUUUCAUUAGUUUCCACACCUAUUCGCUGUACACGGGUGACUAUUGCAACACCGAAAUGACAAUGAAGGAAAUCAAUCGUUACGAAAAUGGUCGAUUUCGUUAUGAUUAUCUAUUUCCGGAUAAUAUGAAGAAUUUCCAUGGCUGCAAGUUGACAGUGUGUGGUCGGAUUAUAGCUCCGAUGUUAAUAUUUAAUGGAGAUAAGCGCAAUGAAACUCAGUUGAAAGAAAUGCAUCGUUUAGGUGGUAUCGAAGGAGAAAUUUUGAAGUUGGUCGCCUCAACAAUGAAUAUCAAAUUGGAAUAUCGUUUUCCGCAGACCUUCCAUAAUCCGGGAAAUGUACACAAUUUCACGGGAUGUCUAGCAGAUCUCUAUGAACAACGCGCUGAUAUGGCUAUUGGCGGCCUGGGUGCCCUUAUGCCGAAUGGCCAGCAAUUUAGCAUUUCCUAUACACAUCAUCCAUCGCCGUAUGUUUUCGUAGUACGCGGAGGACGUCCAUUAGGGCCGAUAACACAACUGUUGAAUCCAUUGCAAAUAAAUACAUGGCAGGUACUUCUGGCUCAACUUUUAAUCCUUAUUGCCCUAAUCAAUUGGGUAGAACGGUGUGGCAAACGUAGGGUACGCAACUUCAUAUUGGGAGCUCACAACAAAUAUGCCAUACAUCAUUUAUUUGUAACGUUGCUGGGAAGUCCUCUCCCAAGCUAUACGGUUCCACGGCGGAAUUUCGCUCGUUUCCUUUUUGCCGCCUGGCUGCUGUGGACAAUGCAGCUGCGUAAUUUCUAUCAGGGUAAAAUGUUUGAUACACUGCGACUGGCAAAACGGCAAUCCACCCCAAAGACCAUACAUGAGCUAAUCGAUAAGGAUUACACUUUGCUAUCAUCGAUAUAUCGGGACUUCUAUCCACCCAAUAAAACCAUAAUAAUAUCGGAUACAGUGGGGCGAUUGGAUGUCGUCAACGCUGUGGAUAUGCCAUUUACAACCACAGAAGUGUUGGAUUUUAUGUCAUAUUACAAUAUGAUCAAUUGGAAGACAUCGACCCUAACCUAUGUGGAUGAGGUCAUCUAUUUGUAUCAUUGUGUGGUGUAUUUUCCCAAACAUUCAAUUCUAUUGCCCAGUUUUAAUCGGAAAUUUAAGUUGCUCUCGGAUGCCGGCAUUACUUCGUUAGUAGCCCGUCAAUGGGUCCAUCCGUAUUUUCGUAAUCCUAAGGGUCACAUAAAUUCGGGUGAAAUUCGUCAAAUAACCCAUAAACAUUUGAUUGGCCUUUACUACGUUUAUGUUGCCAUGAACGGGAUUGCUGUGGUGAUUUUUAUCGCUGAAUUGGGUUCGAAGCGUUUUAGUGUGCUAAAGCGGAUUAUUGAAAGGUGGAAUUGA